ACUUUACUCUGUGGUUCGUUGCAGGAAAUUGAGGGAUUUGGUUGACGUUAAAAAGACUGAGAAGCAAAGGUUGAUAAAUGUGAGCGUCAAAAACCAAAAUGAAAACAGCGCCCAACAGGAUACGCUUGCUAAUUUAAUUCAAAAGACUGUCAUGGACAUCCCGUGUCUUACUGUUCCUCAGUUACAGCUUCCACCAUGGUAUUCUCCCCCAAGGAAGAUUCCAUAUCUCGAGAAAAGGUCCACAAAUAACAUGUCCGUAGCUGUUGGUACAGGUGCAAGUCAAAUUGUUGAUAUGUUGGCCAGAGAUGUGAGAAAUAUUUUGAAUCCAUCAGGUGGAUUCCAAGUUAGAAAACAAAAUGGUGGGGAGGCAACUGUUCCUCCACUACCAUCUUCCGUGGUAGCAACACAUGCUGAAGCUACAGAGAAAAGCAGACAGGAAGUGGCAGAAUCUAUAGCCACAGUACAUGAUGGAAAUGAGCCACAGGUUCUGCCGGCAGCUUGUGCAAUGGAUCAGCCACAGCCAGACCCUGGACAAUCCAAUUUUCCCCCUGAUCACUGUAUGGAUGAAGCACCAGAACUUACAUCUACUGAAGAUCAUCAGAGUUCAGCACAUGGAGAAACAACUACUGUGUCUUCAACACAGCAAGCUGCAGCACCUGUUAAUACUACAGAGGUUGUAGACGUCAUAGCAGCUGGCGGGUGUGUUACACUGGAGUCUGCUGUCCAAAAAAUAGGUGCAGGUUGCGUGACAGGGUCUCGUGGAGAUUACAGACAAUCAACUCUGGAUAUUACUGAUCGACCAACGUCAGAUAACAGGCUUUUAACUUCACAGGCAUUUGCUUUGGAGAAGACGGUCCAUAGUGAUCAAGUUCAACCAGUUACAAAUAUUGAAGACGAUGACGCAGGCAUGAAUUUUGACGUGCCACGUUACCCAUCGCCCGUUGCAGGUGAAAAUGUGGCAGGGCUAGAUCAUACUUCAGAGGGGGACCAGUAUCAAGAUGAUUGUCAUUUCACCGCAAGCUCUGAAGAUGUUUGCUGUGUCUUAUCACCGCAAGGAGACUUUCUGAUGACCAGUCCUGAUGAAACAAUUGCUUUGAAGUCCCCUCCGUUUGUCAUGUCGCCUGGAUUCCAAACUGCAAAUAAUGACCUCUUUGGAGGUCUCAGCGGCCAACAAAGCAACACUGGUUUCACUUUUAGCUUUGGCGCCACAAAUACUGGCAGUGGUGCAGCUGAGAGGAACAAACCCAACGAAGGAUUUCAAUUCAGCUUUGAUAAAAAGACACCAUCUAGAAGUUUAUUCCAGCUGUUUUAAGUCUUUUUUGUUAUGUUGUGGAAUUAAUAGUUUUAUAUGUUUUUAGACCAUUAUGAAUUCAAAUCCAUAAUAUUCUGAUUAUCUGUUGAACAGAUUGGGAGUUAGGUGUUUGUUCUUUAUAGGGAGCCAUGACAGGGAGAUGGGUUUAUUAGCACUGAAUAAAUGUUUUUCGUUUUCAUCUGUGAAGAACUGAAGUAGAAAGGGGAUUAUGUUUUGCUGUUUUUUUCCCCUCCCAUUAAAGUGUUAUUCUGACAUUAUCAGUAUAUUACUUCAGAGUUUACUAUAAUAUUUUCAUAUUAGCAUAGGUUAAAUUAUAAUUGGUCAUGCGAUGUCAACUGAAGAGCGUAACCAUCUUUAUGUGUUUCUAAUAAAUUCUCAUAUGUGUUA